AUGAGAAGAGCUUUACAUUCAUUGACUUUACGGACAAAGGCAUCUACAUUCAUUCUUUUACAUUUUCUUGUUCAAAGCACAGUCUCAUCACCAUUUGAUAAAUAUACCACUGAUUUCGAAUUUAAUUACACAAGUCUAGUAAUCUUUGGUGACUCUUACUCAGUUCCACCGGCUAUAGGAGGUAGAUAUUCUAAUGGACCUGUUUGGAAUGAAUUUCUUUCACUUAAACUUUCAACUUCAACCCAAAAAGUCACUCGGUUAAAUUACGCAUAUAACGGAGCGCAUAUCAACAACCAAUUAACCUCAAAUACAGUCCCAGACACGAAGACCCAAAUCAGCAACUACAUAUCCGACUUACACCUAUACAAUUCAUUAAACCCACCCUCAAACUCAGACUCGCGGAAUGUAGAAAAAGUUUUACAUAUGAUAUGGAUUGGAAUCAAUCCAUUGAUAUCACUUUGGAGACAAUCUACUUUAACCACUCAGGAUGAUCAUCAGAUCAUUAACGUUUUUCAUAAUGUUUCGUUCUUGAUGGAGUUGCAAAUUGAUCAGUUGUCUGAUCAGAUCGAAAGUCUUAUUCAAGAUUCUAAUGUGAAUCAAUUAUCACCUCAAUUCGUGAUCCUAACACCACCUCUAUUACAUAUUACUCAACUAAUCAAAACCGAAUCAAAUCAAAGAUCAAAACUAAACCCCGAGUUAUACAAUUCAUACUUAUCUCUCAUGGAAAUGAUGGAAACUAAAUUCUCAAAGGAUUUGAUUAAUAAGAUUAAUUUAAUUUCGAUUCAAAAUGAUUUAUCAAUUAAUCAUUUAAGUGUAUUUGAUACCAUCAAGUUUUGGAAAGAUGUAGAAAAGAAACCAAAAGAAUAUGGGAUCACUACGCCUGGUUCUUGUAUUACUGAUCUUCAUUUGAUUCCUUGUAAGAACCCUAAUGGAUUUCAAUAUUGGGAUUCAUUACAUCCAACAAGUAAUUUUCAUUCAGAAGUUUCAUCAAUGAUUUACGAAUUUCUUAAACAAAUUCAAUCUACAGAUUAA